AUUUAUUCAUGAAAUAUUAACAGCAGUAGGAUAUAGAAGGAAGGCUUUCUCUUUUGAGUGUUGAAGAUCUUACUGAUUUGUUUAUCUUAAACAAAAUUAAUGAUGGACAAAGUAUGAGCAAAGUGAAAUCUCUUGGGGAUGACUAUGGUUUGGCUCGGAAGUUGAAUUCCGACAUAAAAGUAUUAGUACCCUAAGAGUUUUUAGUAAGGUCUUGGAACAGAAGCAGAUGUGUAAAGGAAUAGAGAAUGUUUUGGCGACAAUAUUCCAGUGGAGAAAGAACCAACAACCCUUUGUGAAUUGAUUAUGGAAUGUCUGGAGGACACAAUGCUCAGAAUUUUAUUGUUGGCUGCACUUGUGUCAACAGUAAUUGGAAUAAUAAAUGAAGGAUUGGCAACAGGAUGGACAGAAGGGUAAAUUUAUUAUUAUUAAUAAUUAUAGAGCAACUAUAUUCUUUGCAAUAUUUUUGAUCAUAUCGAUCACUGCAGGAAAUAAUUAUUUGAAAGAGAAACAAUUCAGAUAGUUGAGAAGAAGAUUGGAUGAUGGAAAAUGUCAAGUAAUUAGAGGAAAUAAGGUAACUGAAAUUGCAACCAAAGAUCUUGUUGUUGGAGACAUUCUAUUAUUUAAUUUAGGGGAUCUAUUUGUUGUAGAUGGUAAUAGAAUAAGUAUAUUAUUAUAAUAGGUUUGAUGAUAUAAGGAAGUGCAGUUAAAAUGGAUGAGUCAGCAAUGACUGGAGAAAGUGAUGAAAUAAAAAAGUUACCAUAUUAAGAAAUGGUGCAAUAAAAGCAAUAAUAAUUAAAUCAAGAUGCUGCAAGAGGCCAUACCAGUCCAUUUUUGAUAUCAGGAACUAAAUGCUUAGAUGGAACAGGUUAAAUGUUAGUUCUUGCAGUUGGUUAAAACACAAUCUCUGGACAGUUAAAGAAAUUAUUGAUUCAAGACAAUCCACCAACUCCAUUAUAAUAGAAAUUAGAAGGAGUGGCUUCAGAUAUAGGAAAAUUGGGAGUUAUUGUAUCAAUCUUUACAUUCAUUGCUUUAAUGGGACAUCUUGGCUACGAUAUUUAUUUAGGUUAAAUACAAUUCCAAAGUCUUAAGACCUUAUAAGUGAUAGUGGAAUCAUUCAUGAUUUCUGUAACCAUUAUAGUUGUGGCUGUACCUGAAGGAUUACCCUUGGCUGUUACAAUAGCAUUGGCAUAUUCGGUAGGUAAAAUGAAAGAUGAAUAAAAUUUGGUUAAGAAUCUAUCUUCAUGUGAAAUAAUGGGUGGAGCCAAUAAUAUAUGUAGUGAUAAGACCGGCACAUUAACCCAAAAUAUUAUGCAAGUAACUGCCUUGCAUGUUGAAGGGAAUACUAUUUAGAAUGAUGUCCAUACAAUUAAAUCUAAAUUGAAUAAGAAUACUGUUGAAUUAAUGUGUGAAAGUAUAUGCUACAAUUCAAAUGCAUUCCCAUAAAAGGAUAAAGUGACCAAUAAGUGGAUCUAAAUUGGUAAUAAAACCGAAUGUGCUUUGUUAGAGUGUGCUGAUAAUUUCAAUUACAACUUUUCAUAAUACAGACCUAGCGAUAAAAUCCUUAGAUAAAUCCCUUUCAACAGUAAGAGAAAGAAGAUGAGUACUGCAGUAUAUAAUCCAAAAACUCAAUUUGUUAGAGUUUAUACGAAGGGUGCCUCUGAAAUUGUAUUAAAUCAAUGCAUCAAAAUGGUAGGUGCCAAUGGCGUUGAAUAAGUCCUAGAUUAAAAUGCAAGAAAUUAAAUCUAUAAUACCGUAAUCUAAAAAUUUGCCUCAGAAUCCUUAAGAACAAUAGCAAUUGCUUAUAGAGAUCUCGAUCCUCAUUCUUAAAAUUCAAGUGUAUUAGGAUAAAUUCCUUAACUUACUAAAUAUACUUAAUCAAUCUAAGAGGAUGAUUUAGAUAAAGAUCUAGUACUAGUUGCAAUUGCAGGAAUCAAGGAUCCAAUAAGACCAGAUGUACCUAAUUCAAUUAAAUAAUGUCAUGCAUCUGGAGUUACUGUUAGAAUGGUUACUGGUGAUAAUAUAUUGACUGCCACAGCCAUAGCUAAAGAAUGUGGAAUUCUUCAAAGUGGCAAACAACCAGGACAAUACGAAGUCAUGGAGGGCAAAACAUUUAGAGAGUUUGUAGGAGGACUCAAGACAAGUAAAGACAAAGAUGGAAAUGAAAUCAAAGAAGUAGGAAAUAAAGAAAACUUUAAAGUGGUUGCUAGAGAGAUGAAAGUGAUGGCAAGAGCAUCACCUGAGGAUAAAUACAUUUUGGUUACUGGAUUGAUUGCUGAAGGUAAUGUUAUUGCUGUCACUGGUGAUGGGACUAAUGAUGCUCCAGCUCUAAAAAAAGCAGAUGUAGGGUUUGCUAUGGGUAUCACUGGUUCUGAUGUUGCCAAAGAUGCUGCUGAUAUUAUCUUAUUAGAUGAUAACUUCAGUUCCAUAAUCACAGGUACUUAUUAUUUGUAAUUUUAGCUAUGAAAUGGGGUAGAAAUAUUUACGACUGUAUUAGGAAAUUUAUUCAAUUUCAAUUAACUGUAAACUUAGUAGCUUUAUUUAUGUCCUUUUUGGGUGCUGUGGUUCUCAAAGAAUCUCCUUUAAAUACUAUUGAAAUGCUCUGGGUUAAUCUUAUUAUGGACACCUUUGCAUCCUUAGCAUUAGCAACUGAACCUCCCAAUAUUACAGUGCUUGAAAGGUAGCCUUACAAAAGAGAAGAUAAAAUUGUAUCUCCAACCAUGAAUAGAACCAUUGUAGGAGGUUCUGUCUAUCAGAUUGUUGUUCUGUGUGGUAUCUUGUUUGUCCUACCAAAAUAUAUGGAUUUAUCUAUACCUUAAGAGUUAGUAGGAUAAAAAGUAAUAAUUACAUGUUAUCAAUUAAGUUCCAUAAGAAUGUUGUGUAAAUGAGUAUAUUUUUCUAAUCUUUUGUUGUUAUGCAAGUGUUUAAUUCAAUUACAUGCAGAUAACUUGAUUACAAAACUAUCAACCCCUUUACAAAUGCAUGCAACAAUCCUCUAUUUUGGGGUGUCUAAACAUUCACUUUGAUCAUCUAAUGCAUCCUUAUUUAAUUCGGUGGUAAAUUCGUUAAAGUUUCCCAUUUAACUGUUUAACAACAUUUACUUUGCAUAGGAUUUGGAGUAGGUAGUAUAAUAUUUUUGGCUCUUGUUAAAUUAGUAAUUCCUGAAAAGUUCUGUCAAAGGGUUGAACUUUUUAGGGAAGAAGUUGUCACUGAAGAUAAAAUGGAUGAUACUUUAGCAAGCAGAUUAAGAAGAAAAUCAACCACAAGACAAAGAAAUAGAAAAACUGAAAAUCAAGAUUAUGUCACAGUAAGAAGUAUAUAAUAAAGUCAUUAAAGAAUGUGA